GUUCUUAAUUUUUCACUUUACCCAAGUAACUAUAACAAUUAAAAACCCUAUUUAGCUUUGCAAGUGUUUGCUUUUUUCUUUCUGAUUAAUUCCUUUAAUUUUUUUUAAUAUUUUUUCUCUAGCCCUUUCUUUCACUUUGUCUCUCACUCUGUCCAUCUCCAAAACGCCUCCCUUUUGCCUUUUCUCCCCUCCCUGUCGCAACGAACCCUGAAUCUGGCGUAAGCAGCAGACUCUCUCACACGCUCGCAUCGCCGCCGCCGCCGCCGCACAUUUGGCCGCCGUCAACAAUUCGCGGGUCGCUAAAAAGGGUUCCCCUUUUUGUGUCUCCAAUCAGACUAUGGCGUCCGAGGAUGUGAAGACUAGUGGGGAAGCUGCUGUUUCGACGAUCGUGAAUCUAGCUGAGGAGGCUAAGCUAGCUCGUGAAGGCGUUAAGACGCAAAGCCCCGCUUUUCUCAGUAUCUGCAAGUCCCUCGUCGCCGGUGGAGUUGCCGGGGGAGUGUCCCGCACAGCUGUUGCUCCACUAGAAAGACUAAAAAUUCUACUCCAGGUCCAAAAUCCACACAGCAUAAAAUACAAUGGUACAAUUCAGGGCUUGAAGUACAUUUGGAGGACGGAGGGUUUCAGAGGGCUGUUCAAAGGAAAUGGCACAAAUUGUGCUCGCAUUGUGCCAAAUUCAGCCGUCAAGUUCUUUAGUUACGAGGAAGCCUCAAAGGGUAUUUUAUGGUUGUACAGGCGCCAAACUGGGAACGAUGACGCACAGCUUACUCCUGUUUUACGUCUCGGUGCUGGUGCAUGUGCUGGUAUAAUCGCCAUGUCUGCAACUUAUCCAAUGGACUUGGUUAGAGGUCGCCUAACUGUCCAGACAGAUAAGUCUCCUAGUCAGUACAGAGGCAUCGCCCAUGCUCUUAAAACUGUUCUAAAGGAAGAAGGCCCCCGUGCGCUAUACAAAGGUUGGCUUCCAUCGGUCAUAGGAGUUGUACCAUAUGUGGGUCUCAACUUUGCGGUGUAUGAAUCUCUGAAAGACUGGUUGCUGAAAUCCAAUACAUUUAACCUGGUUGAAAACAACGAACUGAGCGUAACAACGAGGCUAGCAUGUGGAGCUGCUGCUGGAACUGUUGGCCAGACAGUAGCUUACCCACUCGAUGUCAUUCGACGGAGAAUGCAAAUGGUAGGGUGGAAGGAUGCUGCUUCGAUUGUCACUGGGGAUGGAAGGGGCAAGGCACCACUUGAAUACACCGGUAUGGUCGACGCCUUCAGGAAAACUGUUCGCUACGAGGGGUUCGGUGCCUUGUACAAGGGUUUGGUCCCUAAUUCAGUAAAGGUGGUCCCAUCCAUAGCCAUUGCGUUUGUGACUUACGAGAUGGUGAAGGAUGUUCUUGGGGUCGAGAUGAGGAUUUCCGACUGAACACAGUAGAAGAGGUGGACAAGGUAGACUUCUCGUUAUCCAGCGGAGAGCGUAUUCGGAGGAGAAGGGUGGAUCGGCUGUCCGUGAUGAAUGAACCUGAUUUUUGGUGAUAGUGGAGUGAGUCAGAUUAGUAGAGAAGGAACACAACUUGUAGCGCUGUGUUUUUAAUAACCCCGUCCGUCGCCUGCUCUGUGAUCUCCACCUGAACCCAUAUUUGUUUCUCUAGAUUUCUUAUAACUUGGCUGUGGCAAUAAGGUACGACGGAAAAUUUUAGGCUCCAUCUACGUAGGGCAAAAUUUUACUAGUGAAUUCAGUGAGUCGGAUGAUGUGAUGUUUUACAGAAAGCUUUCUGCUGAACAUCUUUCGAUACGAUUAUCGAGUGAUAUUCCGCUGUUUUAAGAUGAUUUGCAAGCAAGCAAUCGACCCACUUUGAUUAUGUACUGAUCAUAUUGUGUUCCAGAAACAAACCCUAUAGGCAAAACCUUUUGUUCAAGAUCGACACUGCCAUUUCAGAGGCCAAAAAAAAUCAAAAAAUGAACGUGUCAGAUUGUGCAGCAUAUGAAGAACAAAAGAACUGAGAAGAAUCUGUACUCAGAUUGGCGACGAUUGAUGCAGAGACGCACUAAGGUGCAGGCGCCCUCUAGCGUCUGAUUGGCAUCUUGGAGAGAAUGCCAGCGAGAUAGUCACAUGUGCUGCGGUAGUACUCAAUCGAGAUGCAGAGCUGUCGUAUGGCUUCUCGUUUCUUGUCUCCCAAGUAUGAUAUCCAGUCAUCUUUCUCCUUCAAGCUCGCUCCCAUGGCUGCCACCUUACUCUCCAGUUGGCUGAUGGCUUUGGUGAGAUUCAGCUUCUCAGCUUCCUCUUUGCUCGCCAUGUCCAGCAACUCCGACACCUUGUUCUUCAGUGCAGAUUCCUCUUCUCUCGAGUGUUGCAGUUGUAGAGCUAAGCUGUUCACUUGUUCGUUCAACUUUUGCUUCUCUUGAUUCAUGUUCAUUACUCUCUCGUUCAGCUCCUGCUCUGUGACCCGGCUCUUCUGGCUCGACAUUGUAAGCUGGAAUUCAAUCUCUUUGUUCUUCACAGAUAAACUGCGCAGCUCUUCAUCUUUGAAUUCGAGUUGUCUCUCCUGGCUCUCGAUUUUCUCUCUCAGUUCAGCUACAGCUUCAUCCAUGGAACGCACUUGCUUGUUCAGAUCCUCCGCCUUCUUUUCAACUUGCUGAUGUUGCUCGUUGAGUUGCUUGCACAUCUCGGCCUGUUCAUCCAGCAACCUCUGCAGAUCAGUAACUUGAGUCAGUAGCACCGCCUUCUCAUUUUCCAUCUCUGCAAUUCUCCUUGAAAACUCAUUCCGAUCUCUCGCGUUAUCCUCCGUGAGAUAUGAUAGCUCUUUUUGCUUCUCUUCUACUUUCUCCUGUAGUUGGCUUGAUUCGGCAGUGAGUUCAUCUAUGAUCGUCUGAAUUUUUUCAUAUUGAGCCACAGUUUCAGAAAAAUGGGAGGUUAGAGCAACCUUCUCUUCCUCCGCGACACUGAGUUUCUUGGCCAAAUCUGAACACUUUUGCUUGGCAGAUACUAAUUGCUUCUUCGUGUCAGCAAGUUGAUCUCUAAUGUCUUCUAUUUCACUGUUAAGGGCGGAAUUCUCACCUUGGUACUCGAAUAUCGACUUUCUUAAAAUCCCAGCAGUUUUCGUUUCGUCCAGGAUUCUCUGCACUGCAGUCUCCUUCCAUGAAAUUAGGCUAUCUUUCUCUGUUUGCACCUCUUCCAACUUCUGGUUUAAUACAGAAAUCUCGGCCACCAGAGAAUUCCUCUCCUCUUCUGCAACCUUCGAAUCCUGUGUCAAAUUGGAUGCCAACAGCUCUGAAGAUUUCAGUUGCUCACGUACACUGGAGAUUUCGGCCCUGAGACUUUCAAGUUCCUGGGAAAGAACUAGUUUAUCAUCCUCCAGCCUAUGACUCGCCAUUUUCAAUUCUUCUUUGAUCUUCUCUUCUUCUUGAAUCCUCCCCAGAAGCGCCUCUUUCUCCACGAUCAAGCCAUCUUUCUCAAUGGUUAUGCCCUGUAAUCUUCGAUUCAGCUCUGCUUCAGCCUUGCCUGCAUCGUCGAGGUUUUGCUUCAGUUCCCCAUCCUCUGCGAGAAUCUUCUCCUUGUCGGCAUUUAGCGUUUCUAAUUCAAGCUUCAGGCUUCGGACGAUCUCUUCAGUUUCCUGCAACUUGCUCAACGCUGUUUGAUGCUCAAGAAACAACACUUCUUUUUCUACGGUUGCAGCAGUGCACUUAUCCUUCAGUUGGGCCAGUUCAAGAUUGGCGGUUUCAAGUUCUUGCUUUGUGCCGUCUGUUAAUUUGCCACCUUUAAGUCGUCCAUUUUUGCUGGUUUGGUCCUUGGAACCGUCAUCAGAAUCCGAGUCUGAGCUAAAUGAAGAAGAGGAAUCUGAUACCCACUUGCCUUGGAAGUCUCUCCUCAGUUCUCCCUUCAGAUGGUCGUACUGUGAAUACAGCGAUUCAUACUGUUUUCGGAACUUCUCGAUCAAAUCCACAAUAGGCUUUCUUUUCGAACCUUCUAUAGGGACUCCACCGUUUUCUUCAGAACCUUCUUCGUUGAUGAGCUCCAAGAUCCUUUUGAGACUAUAUUCGAAUUCUGCAGGAUCAGCCUUUCAGCUGCUCAUCUUUCUCUUGAUCGAUGUGUCUCCGGACAAAGGAUUCGAAAGACUUCUUCCAAUCAUGAUUCGUCAUUUGCUCUCCUCGGGGUUUCAGUCAGCUUUCUUCGACGAAAU